AUGGAACAACCUUUCACUUACUCACCACUCCCAUCAAACGGUUGGUUCCGACUGCUGAGAAUCCUUCCCUCGCAUGACGAGACAUCCAACAUCUCAUGCGAGCUGCAUCAUCACGAGCUAUCUGCCUGCCCUCAGUAUGAAGCCAUCUCCUACACAUGGGGCAAUGAAGAUGCGACGAAGCAACUGCUAGUCAACGGGACUGUCAUUAAAGUGAGACCAAAUUUGCAUGCAGCUCUCAGCGCAUUUCGACAGCCUCAUGUGGAAAAACUCAUCUGGGUCGACGCCGUCUGUAUUAAUCAGCAAGACCAAGGAGAGAGGAAUCGCCAAGUCCUGCAAAUGAACCAAAUCUACUCACAAGCUCAAGCCGUCGACGUCUGGCUUGGGACUGCGGAUACAAACUCUGACGCCGGUGUUGCUUUCCUGACCAACUUUUAUACCCUUGUCUUCCAUGACACAAGUUAUCAACAGUCUCCAUCGCGGGAUGCACGCACUACUUCAAUGUAUCCCGAUUCUACGCCCUUUCACGAGUUUUACGCGCCCAUUCUGAAACUCCUUGAUGACCCAGGAGCACUUACGGCAUUCAAUUACUCUGUAGCAUUACUCGCCAACAGCUGGUGGAGAAGAAUAUGGACACUGCAAGAAAGUGUCCUCUGCCCAAACGUGAUCUGCUGGUCAGGCUCGAAAACGUUUCCUUUCGAAUAUCUCUUGGGCUUGUCACAUUUCUUAUAUCACCUAGUGAAUCAUGAUGCUCACAAAGGUGCACUGGCCCACAGAGACAUGACUCUAGGCGCCUUGAUGCUUGUAGAGUAUUUGCGCAAAGAUAUGGUUGCUCAAGGGAAAAUCGGAUUUGACAAUGGCGCUCUACUCGACCUGGAAUCGCGCGUCUUCGGAUCCGAGAGAUAA